GACACAAAUGGUAUUACAUUUUUAGAGGGAAGCAACCUACAAAUGGCUUAUUAAUAUUAAAAUAGGCUAAGACAAUUAAGAUAAAGCAUUUUAACAAUCUAAAAAUUCUUCACAUUUAAAGUAUACAUUUUAAUGCAUUUAAAUACUAGAGUCCUGAAUAAAACAAGACAUUUAUGGAUAAUGAUCAGAUAUGUUAUAUAGAUGUAAACAUAAAAUCAAAUUCCAGUGCAAUUGUAUAACAAAGAAAAAAUGUCUUAUUUUUCCUCAUGUGGCUCUCAGUGCACUACUCAGAUGCUUUCAGCCAUGUAUACAUUCAGUAAUACUAAGAAGUAACUGUGGGUGGCACUGUUUCUAUGGUGAUCAGGCCACAGCCCACAGCCCCCCUUCUUUCUCUUCCUCUCUCUCCAUCUGUCUAUUAUUGGUUGCUGAGGGUUAAGCAAGCGAAACAACAUCUUUACCCACAAUCCUUUGCUCCAUUCAGUCAAGCUACUGUGCACCGGGAAAUUCAGCAGUGAAGGCAUGGCAAAUGUAUUCUCCAUUCUACUCAUCCACUCCUAUGAUAAGGCUGCCUCCUGUUAGGGAUCUAGAGACAAUAAUAAUCCUAUGAAAAUCACUGACAUUGGAAAGAGGGACUGCCUCAAGGGUUUUGCAUACUGAAGCAUGGAUUUGCACUCUUGCUUUUCAUUUAGCCGGUGGGAGGUGGGGUAAAGAGGAGCUGUGUUAAAAGCCUCAUCAGUGCAUGGGUCCCUUAUCACUGGAAGUCAUGGAGGAACUAAACUCUGUGACUGUGAGCCCACUAAAGCGCAGAGUACGACAGAGGAGAAGGAUUCGUGAGAUUAUCAAGACCAAGUUGCAGAAAAACCUCUCCUGCUCAGGACCUAAAGUGAAGAGGACUCUAACAGGCUUCUUCCCUGUAGUUAAAUGGCUUCCAAAGUACAAGGUAAAGGAAUAUAUAUGGGGAGAUCUGAUGUCAGGGCUCAUAAUUGGCAUAAUACUGAUCCCUCAAGCCAUUGCGUACUGCCUGCUGGCCGGCUUGGAUCCUAUAUAUGGCUUGUACACGUCGUUUUUUGCAAAUAUCAUAUACUUUUUCAUGGGGACGUCAAGACAUGUUUCUGUGGGCAUCUUCAGUCUCAUGAGUCUGAUGGUUGGACAAGUUGUCGACCGAGAGGUCUACCUUGCAGGCUUUGAUUUGAAUGAAGACGGUACGAAAAAUGCAUUUGGGUUAAAUGGCACUGAGGAAACCAACACCACUGUUGUCAACUUGAAGAUCAUGGCACUGAAUAUGGAAUGUGGAAAAGAAUGCUACGCCAUUAGCGUUGCCACAGCUUUAACAUUUCUCGCUGGAGUCUACCAGGUGAUGAUGGCUGUUCUCAGGCUGGGGUUUGUCUCCGUUUAUCUCUCUGCUCCUAUGCUCGAUGGUUUUGCCACUGGGGCAUCUUGCACUAUCCUCACCGUCCAGGCAAAGUACCUCCUUGGCCUUAAGAUCCCUCGACACCAAGGCUACGGCACAGUGGUGGUCACUUGGAUCAACAUCUUCAAGAACAUCCACAAAACCAACUUCUGUGACUUAAUAACAAGUGCCAUUUGCAUUAUAGUGCUGGUUGCAGGAAAGGAGAUCCAGGAUCGCUACAAAGACCGGUUGAAGAUACCACUUCCCACAGAACUGGUGGUAGUGGCAGUUGCUACGAUAGUUUCCCAUUUUGCUGAUCUAAAUGGACAGUUUAGCUCCAGUAUCUCAGGUGCCAUUCCAACUGGUUUCAUUCCUCCAAAGGUACCCAGCGUUGAACUGAUGCCCCGGGUAGCAUAUGAUGCCAUUCCAUUAGCUGUCAUCAGUUUUGCAUUUACCGUUUCUCUAUCUGAGAUGUUUGCUAAAAAGAACGGCUACACGGUUAGACCCAACCAGGAAAUGAUAGCAAUUGGGUUCUGCAAUAUAAUUCCUUCAUUUUUCCAUUCUUUCACUACAAGUGCUGCCCUUGCGAAAACUAUGGUGAAGGACUCAACAGGUUGCCAGACUCAGGUCUCCAGCGUAGUGAGUGCCUUAGUGGUUCUUCUAGUCCUCCUCUUCUUUGCACCAUUUUUCUAUGCCCUGCAGAAAUGUGUCCUUGCCUGCAUUAUCAUCAUCAGUCUGCGGGGCGCCCUGCGCAAAUUUCUAGACGUCCCUAAGCAAUGGCGUGAGAGCAAGAUUGAGGCAAUUGUCUGGUUCGUGACCAUGAGCUCAACUGCUUUAAUUAGCGUGGAGCUUGGAUUGCUGAUCGGCGUGGUCUUCUCUAUGAUCUGUGUGGUGGUCCAGACUCAGAAUCCCAAGGCUUCAUUACUGGGACAAAUUGAACAAACCAAUGACUAUGAGGACAUGGAAGAAUAUGAUAAUCUUUCGCCUGUUCCUAAAGUGAAGAUCUUUCGUUUUCAGGCACCUCUUUUCUACGCCAACAAAGACUUCUUUUUAAAAUCUUUAUAUAAAGCAACUGAUCUUGAGCCAUUCCUUGAAAUUACCCGCAGACGAAAAUUGGAGAAAAAAGCUAGAGAAAAGGCAGCGAAGAAAACUGAUAGCGUAGAUCAAACAAAUGGAGAUGUAAGUGUAAGCUUGAUUUCCAAAGACUUUGAUUUUCAUACUAUCAUCUUGGAUUGCUCCUGCAUCUCCAUAAUAGACACAACUGGAGUAAGUACCUUCAAAACGGUUUUAAAAGACUAUAAAGAAGUCGGCAUCAAUGUAAUUCUAGCUUGCUGCAACACAACAGUAAUAGAUUCUUUAAGGAGAGGCUCUUUCUUUGGGGCUGGUGACAAAGACAUGGAAAUACUGUCAUUUCAUACCAUCCAUAGUGCUGUUCGUUUUGCUACUGGUACGACACAACCGGUUAAUGACUCAUCUGUGUAAUUUGUCCACAAAUGGGCCUUAAGAGCUGAAAAACAUGUUUCUAUUAAAACACAAGAAACAUGACAUUUAACUCCUGGAAAAUUAUCUCAUGUUGAACAUGUUUAUGAAAUCAUCAUUUGAUGGCACAAAAAAUUCCACUGAAUAUGAAUAUUCUGAAUACUUUGGUACUGUACAAACUCAGGGGUUAUGAUUAUACAUACUGCAUAAGUCUCAUAUUAAUUUACCAGAAAUGACAAGAAAAUCAAACAAUUUGCAAAGUAACUGACAUAUUUCUAAUGACAAACUAAUCCCUCAGAAAUUAAUGUAAUAUUUAAUGCCAUUUUUAAUGUGAAAUAUGUAAUAUCCUGUGUGACUUGUGCAAAACUUGCCAUUAACUGCCAGAAAGAAGAAAAAAAAGAGGACCAUGAGAAGGCAAUACAGAUUUGUGAUUUUAAGUGACCUAUUACAGGUCUGCUACUGUCUUUUUUAAAUGUGAACAUGUUUUUAUGGUGUUCUUGGUCAAUAAAUGUGAAUGAUGAAUUUGA